CCGCUUUGUGUGUCAGAGUUUCUGCCAAUCUUCUCGGUGAAGAGCCUCUUGGAUUUCAUCUGUUAGUGUCGUGGUUCGAACGCCUGUUUUCUGAACGAGGUUUAAGUCAUUCAUUCCUGGCCGGUGACGAAAGUUGUUAUUACGCUUAUGACAGAUAUAUGAUAUCAUUCGUGAUAUGACGUCUAAUAGAAAUCAGGAAAGUUAUGCUAAAGGAUAAUUUUCUCUGUGAUAAAAAAAAAAAAGCAAGAAAAGAGACAGAAAUAGAGAGAGAAAAAAUAACUAAUAACAAUAUGGAAAGAAAUACGGUAUCUGUUUACGUCGUUAAAUAUCCGAUAUGUUUAUAUGGCAGGUGAUGGCCAGAGCUGGAAAAAAACGCUAUAUUUCCACCCCAAGAAACAUAUUCUUUGAUAUCAUAUGAUAAACAGUAAUUAGCAAAUUUAUCUUAGGAAAGUGACUUGUCCGUUAUUCGCCCCCUAUGUACCGCCGCUCCAUGGCGCUUUGUCCGGAAUGGAGUCACAGAAGCUGGAUUCUUUUCUCUGGAGGACUACUGUGAAUUCCUUGGCAAGCAGCGUCUUCAGUCCCCAGUCUCCUUCGGCAGAGCGAUCGGCCCUUCGCCAGCCGGACGCGAGGCACAGGCGGAAGCGACAGUCGGAUGAGUGGGAGUAUGAAAUCACUGCGACUACAUCGACAAUAACAGUAACAUUUACUAACAAGCCGAUAAAUGCACAGUACUGGAUGGAUGUGUACGAAUCCGCAACACAACGAAUUGCAGUAAGAACAGAAUGGAAGAUAAAAGGGACAAUCACUUUUAAGAACCUGGUUCCUAGCACGGAAUAUGUAAUAACUGUUCAUAAGACUCCCCCAAUCUUUUCCAUCCGCCACAUGACCAAGAAACGCAUGUCUGUCAUCGGCUCAACACCGACUAGCAUCACGCUUUAUUUCCAAGAAAAGCCAAGCCGAGAUCGCUACAAUGCCUUCGCCACGAGAUCUGGAUCGCAGCAACCGGCUUCCUCCGUUGGUGUGGUGUCGGAUAAGGCGACGCUGACGAACUUGCAGCCUGGCACCGAGUAUGAGGUAUCAGUGACUUACUCGGGCAAAGAGGAAAAGUUAACCUUUAAAACUCUAGCUUCCAUUUCACUCCAUUUGAGUCUGAAGCCACCAGACAGUGUUGAAGCCCGUUGGUCACAUCCAGGUGAAGCUUCACUCACGUACUAUUUAAGCUACACGAUUGAUUUCCAUGCCUGUCGUAAUUACGUCAUCAACGGGGAUCGCAUAUCUGUGACUGGAUCAGGUCGACAUGUGCAGCCGGCUGUCCCCCCUUAUGCCGCAUGUGAAAUGUGUAUUGAAGUCUUUGGUGAAGUGAGAAGUGCUAAAGAGUGUAAAACCAUUGAUACACCUGCGGGACUCCCAGAAAGCAAGAUAGAGCGAAUUACCUGCAACGGAAAAUGGACUUGCAAUCUACUCUUCGAAAAUGACUGCACGCUCAUCCGCGGACCGAACCUAUGUGCCUUUUACAAAUUUUCUGGCCCAGGAGACAGCGAGCAAUCAUGGCAAAGGAAGUGCGAUCAAAGCUUUGCUAGUAACCGUGUCUCAAUCACGGUCAACAGGCCUCAAAACCUGCUUCCGUAUACGACCUACAGCCUCACUGCCUUUCCCGCAACUGAAACGGAGGUGAAUUCGAGGAACGAUCUGAAAGGAUUCACAACAUUCACCACUCCUUCGAAAGCUCCUGGGAAGGUCACGGAUCUGAAGGUGUCAGCCGCUGCCCACUCCCUCACUCUGACCUGGUUCGACCCUUCCGACAACCCCCUCAGGGGCAAACUUUUAAGGUUCAGAGUAACAUGGAACCGUGGAACCAGGGUGGGGACAAGCUCGUAUAUAGACCUGCCCUUGUCCGAAGUCCCCGAGGGCAAAGAGGGACGACGAUCCCACACCAUUACGGACCUGGAGGCUGGCGAAGAUUACUACGUAGAGGUUUUGGCUCAGAAUGCUGGUGUGCAGAGCUUCGGAGAUCCCAAUGGUCUAGCAACGAGGACUCUACACGGAGUGCCUUCACCGCCGCGGAGUGUCAAUUACAGCAUCUCAGAUGGUCAGGUUUCCCUGUCAUGGGAGCCUUCUGUGGAUAUGGCCGGGGGACUCGUCUUCUAUGUCGUCGUGCUGGACGGACGCAACCUUUCUUGCGCUGCUGAUGCCAGUGCAGACCUCGAAUGUCUGCUGGAAGGUUUAACAGCAGGUGAGGAACAUGUGGUGACUGUGAGGGCAUGCAACAGUUACCAUUGCAGUGAUUCUGAACAGCUAACAGUGAUUGGACCUGGUGUUAAGAGUGAAUAUAUCAUCCUCCCUGUGGUACUGCUUCUCCUUUUGCUGUGUCUGAUAAUCUUUCUGAUAGUCUGGUAUCGGCGCAAACCAUCAACUUCGAAGGAGUUGCUGGUUGAAAUGACACGUGACGAGGGGCCCGGCAUUUCCCUUGAACUGGCGGAGAGCCCAGCCGGUGAGCAGGAGGAGCUGGUCCUCGAACAAGGCUCGCCCGAGGGGGACCCCACCUACGAAAACCUCGCCCGGAAGAUCACCAAGGCUGACCUCAACACGUACCUCACUCGUGCAGUCAACUCGCAGGACUUGGCCGACGAGUUCAAAAGCGUGCCGUCCAUCAUGAAGAAGAGCUGUUCAGACGCCGAAAUCCCGAUGAACAGGCAGAAGAACAGAUACAAGAACAACUUACCUUACAAUGACACGAGAGUUGCCUUGCCGUUUUUGCCCAACGUGCCGCACUCAGACUACAUCAACGCCAGCUAUGUUAACAGCUACCAGCGCGACCGGGCCUUCAUCGCCAGCCAGGGACCCAAGGACUUCGCCGUCAACACCAUCGACGACUUCUGGCGCAUGAUCUGGCACACGGGCGCCCGCGUGGUCGUCAUGGUGACCCGACUCGUCGAGGGCGGCCGGGUCAAAGUAGCCCAGUACUGGCCCGAGAAGGAACCCAUGUUCAAGGGCGGCCUCGAGAUCCACCUGAAGAAGGAGAAAGUGAAGAUGGACUUCGUGGUGAGAACACUUUGCAUUCGGCUUGACCACGAGGAGAGAGAGGUGAAACAGUACCAGUUCUUGGCCUGGCCCGACCAUGGCGUCCCCUUGCACGCCUACAGCCUGGCGCAGAUGGUGGCCAACAUCCGGGCGGAGGACAUGAGCGACGGACCGCUUCUCGUGCACUGCAGCGCUGGCAUAGGACGCACGGGCACCAUCCUGCUGGUGCUGCACGCGCUCGACCAGCUGGAGGCGGCGGGUCUUGUGAGCAUGCGCGACGGCCUCCUUGAGCUCAGGAAGGCGCGUCCUCUGCUCGUCGAGAACGUGGUGCAGUACAGAUUCGCCCACCAACUCCUGCACGAGAUUCUCUGCGGGGAGACGACAAGCAUCCCCUGCGGCAGUUUCCUGGAGGAGCUGGAGAGACUGAGGACGCCGCAGACCCCAGGAGGCACCUCUGUCCUCCAGGAACAGUACCAGAGACUGAGGGACUUCCCGAAGGGCCUGACCUUUUCCUUCGCCAAGAGACCGGAAUUCGCCCACCUCAAUCGAGACCCUGAGAUCGUCCCAGCGGAUGGCAGGAUGAUCUUCCUCUACGUGCUGACCAGCGACUCUUGCUCUCAGUACAUCAACGCCACUUUCGUCAACGGAUUCGACAAAAAGGACGAAUUCGUAGCGAUGGAGCACCCGAUGGAGCACACCCUUGACACGGCCUGGAGGAUGAUCUACGAGAGGAAGAUGCCGGUCUGGAUCCUCGUCCACGCCUUCCCCGAUCACGACAAGGAUUUCCCGAGCGUGCUUCCUCCCGCCGGAGAGGUGUGGGACCUGAAGAACAUGAGGGUGGAAGUCAUCAGUAGUCAGUUGUAUAACAACUUCAGUGAGGCAACCGUCCAAGUGUCGUUCGUGAAUAAUGAGAAGGUGAUGGGCAGCCACCGUUGUGCCGUGCUGCAGGCGGAGGGCUGGCCUGCCGACGUCGCCUUGCCCUCGUCCCCGCUGCCCCUUCUCGCCGUCCUGGAGCGCCUCGACUCCCUCCCGCGGACGGGCGGCCCUCCGCUCUUCUCCUGCAGGGACGGCGUGAGCGGGAGCGGGCUGACGGUGGCGCUGCAGCUGGUGCUCUCCCGCGCCAAGCUCCUGCAGGAGAUAGACAUCUACCGGGCCGCCCUUAGCGCCAUGUACGACCGGCCGCAGUUCAUCACGUCCUUGGAACAGUAUGACUUCUUGCACGAGGCGGCCCGAAUGUUCCUGGAUGCGUUCAGUAUGUAUGGCAACUUCACCUAAGCCGCCAUCUUUGCCACCGUGAGGCCCUGGUUGCAGUUCAGUGGCCCAUGGGCGGGGGGUGGCUGAAUUGGGCCGUCGGUGAGGGUGCCUGGGCUGGAGAUGAUUUUAAAAAGUAUGCAUUCUGUCCCUGUUUUUUUUUUUUUUUUUUUUUUUUUUAAGGCACAUUGGAUACGAAGAAAAAAAAGAGGACAGAGGCUUAAGGCCCCUCCCCCCCCCUCCUCCUCCCCUCACAUCCUGGCACUGUGCCCGUCCCCGUUAUCGGGCUCAAAACGUCAUCUUUGGCCGUGUUUUCCCCAAGGCCUUCACCAAGAUAAUCAGCCACUCUAUACAACAGGCUGUGUUAUACCCUUGGCCAUUUACAGUUUGACCUGGAAAUUCUUCGUGAGUCAUACAGUGACAUGCAUUUCAAUAUGAACAGUUUUACCAAGAGAUGCUUCGUUUGCAGUAUGGUUUAUACUGUAACACGGUGAUAAUGAUGAUGAUAUGAGUGAUGGUGCUGACAAUAUAAUGAAGAACAUUUUUUUUUUUUUUGACAUCAAUCAUCAAAGAUGAUAAGGAUAGAUGUCUUUAUUUGCAUUACUAUAUUACAAAAUAGUAUUAGAUGCAGUGUUUAUCUGUACUAUCACAAAAAUGUUGGUAAUGCUAAGAGGGUAAUAUCAGUUAUAAAUAUCACACACAUUCACACACAUGCACAUAUAUAUGUAUAUAUAUAUAAUAUAUAUGUGUGUAUAUAUAUGUAUAUUAUCUAUAUAUAUAUAUAUAUAUAUAUAUAUAUAUAUAUAUAUAUAUGUAGCGUGACACACUGUACUCACCCCAUGAUGCUCGCUCCGUGUGUAAUUGCCCAUUGCGUGCACAGCAUGUGCGUGUGUGAUUGAGUGACCGAGUGUUGAAUUGCAUGCGCACUCUGGGGCGCGCGUGGUCCGUGCACUGUGUGUGUGCGGGUGCGUAUGUGUGUAUGUGGAGGUUGUGUUUGCUGUUGCAAUGUCGGUAUGUACUUCUCUGCAUGUGUAUACCAAAACACGUGUCUGCGUGGGCUUGCGUGCGGUGUAUGCGUGAGUGCGUGUGGUUGCGCAUGCUGACUGUCCGUUGUAGGUGGUAUAUGUUUUAUGUAUUUUGUCUGUUUUAUGUGUUGUCUAUUAUUUCUAUUAUUAUUUUGAUGUCAUAUGUUACGUUUGUAUUUUAGUUAUUUGUUUGUGCUAUUGUUAUUAUUAUUAUUAUUAUUACUAUUAUUGCACGGAUUGGGAAAAUAAACAUUGGUUGUUCUACUGCACCA